AUGGCGGAGGCAAAGACAGGUUAUCGGAGUUUCAUUCUGUGGACAAUAUGUUGUAUUGGGAAUGGGAUUUCUACCAAAGACAUCUACACAAAUGUGUGGGCAGUCAAAGCACGCGGCAGUGUACAGGACGUGAGGUUGUUGGCUCUCAAACAUGGUUUCUUGUACGACAAAUAUGUAAGGAAGCUUAUUGCUUAAGUUGUCUUCAUCAAUUCAAGCUAAAAUUUUGAACGCCGAUUACGCGGGUAGCGUUUAUUUAAUUGAAUUAAGCAUUUAAACUAUGGCUUGCCCCUGAGCUGCAAUUUUUUGUCUGUGAAAUACCAUCUUGUAGCUCAAAACAAAUAAGCGACCGUCGCUAUCGUACCCGUGCAGAUAGGUUUCUUUCCGGCAUGGCCAAAGCUUUAUUAAGAUGUCAGAUCGUACGUUGUAGUUGGCUCGGGCGAUUUAGUGAAUGCUAAAACCAUACCGAAAAGAAACCUCUGUUAGCAGUAUAUCGCUGAUCUGCGUUUUAUGUAACGCUGUGGCUAUAUGGCCGGUAACCGGUCAAGGCUUUCAAAAUACUAAAUGGCCGGCAGUUCUAUAUUCUUAGUAAAUUUCACAAAAUCGAAAGAUUCCAGCUAAUCUAAACUAUCAUAUGUCGAUUUAGAAAAGUCAAGCGACCCUGAAAUGCUUUACAGAUCUCAAGUCUAUUGUUUGGUUUGCGCUGGGCUCAGAGGAGGAAAUCAUGUUUAGUGACACUUAAACAUUUUUGCAGCUCGACUGCCGGUCAAGGUUUUCAAAACACUAAAUGGCCGGCAGUUCUAUAUUCUCAGUAAAUUUCACAAAAUCGAAAGAUUCCAGCUAAUGUAAACUAUCAUACGUCGAUUUAGAAAAGUCAAGCGAUCCUGAAAUGCCAUAUAGCCACAGCGUUUAUGUAAAACCGCUCGAUAACAUCGAUCAUUAUUAUUAUUCUUCCUCAUGAUUUGAGACGUGACGUUGAUGUUGAGUUUAAACUUGCUGUUUACAUUAAAAGCUGGCUAAACCUCUCAGGACGGAAAAUUUUGUUCAUGGGGCUCAUUUCAUAGGAAUAAAUAACCUGCAAAAGGGUACACAGUUCUAUUGCCUGGAAUUUAAAAGCUCAUUACACUAGGUUUUAAAAAGUAACUGAAGUAAGGGAUGAUUAAGUGCUGGCCUGUGCCCUGCUGACUAUCACGUACUAGGCUUGCGCUUCAAAGUAUAAACUCAAGGUAAGCCUUUACCUAAGCUUCAUGAAAAGUAACAUUACUUUAUUGCAGGCAAGGACAAGGUUAAGGUACAAAAUAUAUAUAAAGACUAAUUAUGUUACAUUUAUUUGCACUGUCUAUUUUUUACUCUAGCUCUUUGAAGACUAUCAUGUUUUUAAAAAGCCUGGCUUGAAGUUGAUGUCUGAAAAGACACCUGAGGCAUAUGAAAUUGAUGAAAUGCUAGAUUUGGAUGCAAAGGUAAUUUGGAUAUUAUUUUGGCUGGUUAAUUAGUCUGUACUUUAAAUGAAAACACCAAAAGGGAUAAACUAGGCCUCUUUAACAUCCUUUUUUCCCAAAUAAAAAGAUCAUGUGAUGUAUUCUUAAGGGAAUUUGCUUUUGUCUUUUCUUAAGAUCUCCAUUGGGAAAACAAUUAUCCAUGCAUUCAAACCAAGUCCAUGAUGCAUUGCACAUGGUGAACACAAAUCCUGUGAAUUUCAUGUAACAGGAAAUUACUGAUCGUUGAGAAAGGCUUACUUUCUGCAAAGAUUUGGUAUCCAUUCCAAGGGCUCAGGCUAUCUGUUCAAAAAAAAAUUGUCAUUCAUUCGAUUGGCUCUAGCUAUCCAUUCAAAAAAGAAAGGUUAUCCGUUUGAAUGACUCAGGCUAUCUGUUCGAUAAAAAUUGCCAUCCGUUCGAACGGCUCGGGGAAAGAAAAAUUGUCAUCUGUUCGAAAGGCUUUGGCUUUCCCAGGGUUGUCAUUAAGAUUUCAAGUUGCAGGGUAAAUACAGCAGGUAGGCAAGAAAUCAAACAGCUAGGGAUUUCUUUUGGUUUUAUUUUUCUCCUAUUUUUUUUAUGAAAGUAGCUGAGGGCCAUGCUUAUAGUAGCUGGGGCAAAUCCCCAGACCCUACUUCUUAAUGACAGCUCUGCUAUCCACUUAAAAAAAUUGUCAUCCAUUCAAAUGGCUCGAGGUAUCCUUUCAAAACAAUUGUGAGCUGUAUGCUGCUGUUCCAAACCACUUUCACCCAAGCCGUUUGUGACAAACCUGUCAAAAAAAUUAUGUAACCUUAAAUAAUUCUUCCAAAGUGUUGUUUAUAACCAUUGCCUCAUGAAUUUUCCCAGUACAUUUUCUGCUUUCAUAACAUCAAUUAUCUGUUGAAGUUUAAUUCAAGGCUAAGUUAUAAUAUGCAACAAAUUUCCCAAUCAAGUUAUGUUUUGACUUGUCAAAUGUUUUUUCCCCAUUGGAGUACACUCUCACAUGCACUGUCAAUGAACUUUGCCUAAAUCAUGUUUAUUACCAUCAUUUUCUUUAACCAUUCCUAGGAAAACAGUAAUUAAUAAUAAAUAAUAUUUACUAAUUAAAAGCUAUUUCCACAGUACAGAACUUAAAAAUAAAAAAGGUUCAUUGCAUCUUCACGGCUGUUUACAUGUUGUUAUAAACUUCAAUGCGCGUUUAUACUUUGUCAUUUGCUUGGCAUCUUCAGAGUCAUGCUCCCACCAGCAAUGACGGAGCUGUACACAUCACUCUUUUAGGUAAACCCGAAAUGUCAUUGGACUCAUCCACUUCCAUGAGAAAUAAUAUGUACCAGUAUUUACUGGCUUUGCAAGCGAACGUGUUAAUUAAAAACGCAAUGGUGACACAACCACAGCUGGCUAUUUGUCAUCCUGUGGGAAAGCCUGGCAAAAGUGUUGACCAAAUGCCAUUUCAAAACAAAAGCAAACAACCAUGUUGCCUUAAGGUUGGCAAUGGGCCUUUAAUGCAGACACCUCGUUAUUAUGGAUAGUGUUCCUGGGGAAAGUUCAACCCACUUAAUACAAACACAUGUAAAUAUGGAUAGCAGGCACUUGUUUCUUUCUCCAUCAAUAGAUGUUCAUAGAAAAGCAAAGUGGCUUAUACCAACCAUGUGUUGUAAUAAUCCUUUCCAUUCUGAGGGUAAAAUUAAGCCUUUAGUUGACAGCAUGUUGGUGUUCCCAACAUUAACAUAUGGACACUUUUUAUGGCCCCCUCAAUGUUCACAUUUAUAGCAUUUGGCUACAAGGUAAAGAGGUCUAUUGAGUUACAAUAUAUUAACUAAAUAUUACUCCUUGCAAAUGUACAGUGAAUCAUCUAUCAAAUAUGUUUAAUACUGCAGUGACUACUGUAGACUUGCCACCCUCCCCUCAAGAGGCAAAAAUCUUGAGAGUCUGAACCUAGACAAAAAGAAGUGAGUAGUAGUGGAAAAAAUUGUUAGAUGUCUGAAAUUUCUAAGUUAGGGAUUAUGGGUAUUAGAAGUUAUAUAUCAUUUAGGAGCUGGUGCAGUCAAAAUCAUGAUCAAUCUUCUUCAUUGCUCAGCUCAGACGCAUGUUGCAGGCAGCAAUCAUGAAAUGGAAGAAAUUGGCAUAUUUUAACAUUGCUGUACAUUUUGUGGUAGUAGCAAGUUGCUGUAGGGUUUGCAAUAGAGACAUUGCUUAAGAGUGAAAAGUUUUAAGAAUGUCAGACUGACUGGUCUUGAAAUUGUAAGACGUGGUAGGUCUGGUACUGAACAGCUGACCUUGCAGUCACAACAAUGAAUUAAGAACUGUUGCCCUUCCCCUCAUUCCACACGAAACAGAAAGUUAAACUUUUUCAAGAUGAGAACUGCAUUAGGCCACAUGACCAUACUGAUCAUGUGAUCAGGUACAUACUUAUAGCUAGGGGAAGAGGGGGGGGGGGGGGCUGUGUGGUGAAUGAUUAAGUUUUCCUCAUCGGAACUUGUUGUCAUCAGCUACGGUGUGUUUCAGAAUGGCUGAGUUUGGGUGUUUGUUGUGUGUGUUCAUAGAAAUGCAUAUCUUCAAUGUGAUCCUGUCAAUCUCUUUCAUAUAAAGUAGCUGUUCAUAACACUGCACAUUUGCCAUAUAAUAACUCUCACGACUUUGUUCUGAGUCUCAGAAUUUUAUGACCUAUCUCACGCUCUCACAAGAUGACAACUGAUUUCUCAUGCUUUCUCAAAAAUUCAAACUUCAAAACAAUUUUGGAGCUGUAGGGCUUGUUUCCAAGUUAGAUUUAAUAGUAUAGAUAAUCCACUCAAUCCAAAACAUUGAAUGCUUGGUGGUCAUGUUUGAUUACAUUCUUUUAGCCUACAGUGACUUGAUGCUUUUACUUAAUGUGUAGUCUGAUCAGACUUUAUUAAUACUGUUUCUCUUGUUUCAAGAUGGCCGUCAACAAAACAUAAAAUUACAAAACCUACAUCCAGCUUUAAAGUGAUAUGUGACUUCCAAGUACCCAUGAUCCCCAUUAAGAAUUCUUCCACUAGGAAAUUUGGGCCUUCUCCCGACUUUUUAUCCAUUUCUCACUGCAUUUUCCAGCUCUAGGUUCAGAAUCUCACAUAUUUUGCCUUUUGGUGAUUGGCAAGUCUCACACUGGUUUCCACACAUUGCACAAAUUGUUGACUACUCUACUCUUUUAAUGGGCAGCUAGUACAAAUUAGGUAAUCACACCAUGUUGUUGGAAUUCUCUUAAGUUUCUUAUUUUUUUAUGUAAGUUCAAAGCUUGGGGCAGGUAUAGGUUCUGCUCACCUGUUUUGCCAGUUAUUAAAAACCACAGCAAAUGUUAUAGGGCUUUAAAGACUCCAAGGCAAAAUACCUUGUACAUGUUUUGGUUUGCCAUAAUUAUUAUUUUAACAGUCUCUUAUGUGAAAUAACAACCAGUGAAAUAUAUUGCUGCAAAAGCUAACAAACCGUGAAACACACUUUGAAAAGACUUAUGCAUGUUUCUUACUAGUGAAAUGAUUACACAUGUUGUAGAUAACUCACAGCUGCAAACCGAUUUCAUUCCAUUUUAUGUCUUUGUAUUAUUUUUGUGUGUGCAUCAUGUCAUUUUUUCUUUUUUCAGGUUGAAUGGUUUAUGCAGCAAAAAGAGAAAAAGUAUAUACUUCAUUCCCAAAGUUUUAAUGAUCCUUUGUUCAAAGAACAAUGGUACAUUGUAAGUUACCUCCACGUUUUUCAUAAUUAUAGCGGAGCUCUCGCGCGCGAAGCACCAUGGGUAAGAAAAUUUGAUAAACUAUGCAUCCAAGAAAUUUUGGUUCUGAGAAAACCGUCCAUACGGAGUACGAACGUACGUACGUCCACCCUUCAUGUAAGCCGGGGUGAAAUUUUGCAAGUACUGCUCCUUUCGAGAGUAAAUCGCAUAGCCACUUUUAGAGAUUAAAAAAACAACAACAACGAAGCCGAUUAUUUUUUCGACUUAACUGUAAAGUCUACAUAGCCGUGCAUAACAGAGAAAGAGCUAGAGCCAGAGAUAAAAAAAAAAAAGACCGAUUUCGUUUGAAGAAUAACAUGAAAAUUUUAUAGCAGCUGUGACAAAAUGAGAAAUGCUAGCGGCCACCAAGGUAAAAAUGAACGGCAGCGAAAAAAAGUUUACAGGACCACAUACAACAUUUCCUCCAUAAAACGUGUAACUAGGGAGUUUCUUGAAGUUUCACGUUGUCGUCGUGCAAAACAACGGCAAAGAAAUGUACAAAAAAGUGUGCUUCACGUGCAAAGUUGUUUUGUUUGCUAAUUAGACCUAUUGUUUUUUUUUUCGCUGUUUUCAUUGCCGUCGCCGCUUGGUUAGCAUUACAUGAUUUUACAUUUUUUUUUUUUCAGUAAACUAUAGAUAUUAACGUGAACUUCGCUUUUAGCCCUGGCUAAAUCUAUAUACACUAAUAGAUAACUGUACGUUGUAGAACAUAACUCUCUUGCUAAUUUUACUGGCCCAGUAUAUGUAGGUGAGAUUUUGGAUUCAAAUGAAGAGACAUGUUUGAUCAUAGCAUAAAAUAAGGUUCUUUUAACAAUUUUGUAAGCCCCCCUCCCUGCCCCACAUGAAAAAUAUUUUGUUCAUUAUAACCCCUUCCCCCAAUGGAAACCUGACCACCUUACCCCUUAAUAACUAUUGAACGGUCCCUAAAAGAAACGUUUCCAUAAUAGUUGAAAAGAAAUUGUUAGCUUUUUAUAACUGUACACUGAUUAUAUGGUUUUACUUUUUUAGGAGAGACUGCAAGGGCCGACUUUUAACAUCAGUUCUGUGUGGCCAACGUACACUGGAAGAGGAAUUAUUGUGGCAGUGGUGGAUGAUGGAGUUGAUGGAAGUCACCUUGAGCUGGCACCCAACUAUGUAAGGGGGUCACUUCUUUUUUAUUGUUACUGCCAGUUAGUAAUUAUGGAGAAAUUGAUGUUUAUGUUGACUGAGUUACAUGCAUUUGCAACUUUUGCUAGAUUAUCAGUAGUUCCACAGGUGGCCCAGUCUUAAAGUUGUGUAAGCUCCGAAAUACAAGUAUUUGUAUGGGAAAGAACGGUUGUUUCUAUAACCUACGAAUGUGAAAGGAUCUGAAACAAAAAUUGGCUAACCUCACUUUGUUAAGUUGUGAGUUACUUCUUCAUGGGCCUCGAGCCGAUUUAUGGGUUUGUCCUCUCUAUAAUCCCCUUUCAAAACAGUUCCAAUGUUAAAAAGCUAAUAUAUAGAUUUAGCCAGGGCUAAAAGCGAAGCUGUCCAUGAUAUUUAUAGUUUGCUCAAACAAAGUAUAUAAUCGUGUAACGCUAAGCGGCGAGCAACUUUGCAUGUGCGGCACACUUUUUUGUACAUUUCUUUGUCGUUGUUUUGCACGACUACAACGUGAAACUUCCAGAAACUUCCUCGUUACUCGUUUUAUGGAGGAAAUGUCAUACGUGUUCUUGUUCAUUUUUUGAAGUUUGAAAUUUGAAGUUUAUUAAUUCAUGAAUACAUAGCAGUUCGAAAACUGAAUUGCGUAUUUACGUUACAAAAAAUUGAUUAUAGAUCUAGACAUUAACUAAUCUAUCUUAAUUAAAAGGAAUAAAAAAGCUAACAAGAGAUGAGAUGCUAAAAAAAUAUCGAAAUACAAGCUGCGAAAUGCAAAAACUCAAACCUAUAAAUUAGUCGUUUUAAGACAUGAAAAGAUGAUAAAGCUAUUCUUAAAACGGUCAGAUGUUAAAAGGUCGCGCGCGCCUUUAUGAAUAAGUAGAUUCGUGCGGUGCAAGUAAUAACCUAUAAAAGCGGUGAUUGUUGAAAAGUGAUUCAAAUAUUUCGUCAUGAUGGGCUGCUAAUUCUUUAAAGAUCAUAAUAACAAGAACCUCAUGAUAGCUCACACCGGGACAGAUAAUGGAUAUUAUUGCUCUCUUCUGUACACGUUCCAAGUCGUGCAUUAAAUAUUUAGGCAAACUGAUGUGAAAGGCCGGUACUGCAUAGUCCAUAAUUGAUCUACAACUAGCCGGUAGAAGAGCCCUAAAUCAGUGCGAGUAACCUUAGCUCUCUUAAGUUGAACCAAAAAAUAUAAUCUCUUGGAGGCCUUCAUAACAAUUUCAUUAAUAUGGAUAUUCCAGGUCAAAUCACUGGAAAUACUGAGACCCAACAGCUUUACGCUUUCUACAACUUCUAAUUGGCAUCGCCGUUAGUGAGAAUGGGCUCAAAAUGUUGCUGGGGUUGUUAAAUUUUUCUUGAAAUUUCGUCGAACUUGUGCCACAUGCCGGCCCUUACAGCAGACAUGCUAUAAAAGAUUCUUGAUGAUAAACUACGUCCACUUAGUGAGCAGCUUAAACAAGCGUUGGAGUCAAUCUCCACGCUGCGUACAAAAUAUGAUAACAUCAAAGAGAUCUCCUCAAAUUUGAAUCGCAUCCUAGUACAGAAAAUUUCCCAAAUACUUUGGGCUCAUUUUAUUUUCAACCUCAAAUUCUGCAGCCAACAAGAAUAACAGAUCACUCAGCAACUCUUAUUGACAAUAUUUUCUAUAAUUCCCUUGAGCACUUUUCUAUCAGCGAAAUUUAUGUUAUGAUUUAUCUGACCAUCUACCAAUUUUUCUCAUUGUAAGUAAACUUUCCUCUCUAUCAGCAAAGAUCAAGGUUUUAAAACGCGAUUAUUCAAACUUUGGUAAGCAAGCCCUAAUAACUGACAUUCAAUCAAUAAACUGGGAUGAUUUACUUGGAGAUGUUUACGAACCAAGUAGUAUGUUUGAUAGUUUGACUGUAUAAUAAAAUAUCUGAGGUUAUUGAUACAAGUAAUUAUCUAGACAAGAAUUAAAAAGUAGAUCCAAACCAUGGAUAACCUGUUGAAUCAGGACCUCUAUUAGAAUAAAGAAUGGUUUAUUUAAGAAAUUCUUAAAGACAAAAUCUACCUACUACCAUGCUAGAUUUAAGUUUUACAGGAACAAACUGAAUCAUUUAAUUGAAUUAAGUAAAAGAAGCUAUUACAAUAAUUUUUUUUUUCUAUUCACGAAAAUAAUGGCAAACGAAUCUGGCAAGGAAUUAAACAAGUUGUUCAAAUUAACGCACAGGUAAAUCAAUCGAUCAGCAAAAUAGUCUUGUAAAAUUAAUUUUGUGAAAUAACUGAUCUUAAAGCAAUAGCUAAUGCGUUCAAUAAUUAUUUUGCCAAUGUAGGUAGUAGUCUUGCAAGCUCCAUUCCCAGUGCUUCAAAAACUGCUAAUGAGUUUAGGCCACCUCCCACAUGUGAUAGUUUGUUUCUAUCCCCAGUCACUACAGAUGAAAUUCAAUUAGAAAUAGCUAAACUCCAAACUGGUAAAGCUGUGGGGCCUUCUAGUAUUCCUUUCUCAAUUUUAAAGAUCCUUAAGUCUGAAUUAGCAGGCCGUUUACCGGUAAUAUUUAAUACAUCUUCUCUUACUAGAAUUGUCUCAGAUAAAUUCAAGUUGGCUAGAGUAAUACCAGUCUUUUAGAAGGGCUGUCAGACAAACCUAUAAUAAAUAAAUAAUGCCUUUAUUUACCGAGGGUAACAUUAAAUAGCCCAAGGCUGAUAAACUUGUGGCCCUCAAAACACAUAUUACAAAUAUAUAAUAAUUAUCAAUACUAAUAAAAACACUAAAAAACUAUUUACAAUGUCCAGGUAUAAAAAGAUUACAGAAUCAAUGUUGCCAAUAUUUACAAUUAAAGAUAUAUAGUAAAAUACAACCUAGACAUUAAAAUGAUGCAAUAGUUGCUGAUCCUUAAAAACUCUGCUAAUCAUGUUAUUCUUAAAACAAGGUAGCGAGUCUGCCUUGCGUAUAUCUAAUGGGACACUGUUCCAUAGUUUCGCCGCCGAUACUGAAAAAGUUCGUCCGCCCUCGGUUUCUCUGCGGUACUUGGGACAUACAAUAUUUAUAUUCAUUUGGCAUAGCGAGUAUUGCGCGCGUGGCGAUUGUUAUUUAUAAUAAUCUGAUCAUUUAAGUAAAUAGGUAAAGUCCCAUUAAUACGCUUAUAAAUAGUAGAGCACUUAUCAGUCCUUGAUUGUUCAUAAAACGGGAUCCAAGAGAGCUUGUUAAAGAGGGCAACAGAAGACGCCUAGCGAUCCGCAUAAAGAAUGACUCUUGCCGCGCGCUUUUGCAAUUUAAGGACGCGGUAGAGCUGCUUCUUGUCGCAUGAAGACCAGAUGACACUAGCAUAGCUCAUAACGGGACGGAUCACUGCAUUAUAGUAUUUAACACGCUGACUAAGCGGUAGGAAGGCUCUUAUUUUUCGCAGCACCGCAAUUCGUAAGGCGAGCUUUUUGCAUAUUUUAUCAACAUGUGCAUUGAACGAUAACUUGCUAUCAAUUUCUAAACCUAACAAGGCUGCACUUUCUACAUUACGUAGGGUAUUAUCGCUGUCAGUCCUAACAGAAAGCUCACAAUUCAGGUGUGAUUUAAGCCUCUUUCCAGUAAUCGUGAGAACCUUAGUUUUGUCCUGGGCAGUUUGUUGGCGCUGGUCCAGGCUUGAAUUUCUCUGACAGAUUUAUUUAGUGACAGGUCUAGAUGGGCCAAGUUUUUCACAUCUGCCAAAGCCGACACAGUCGUAUCAUCUGCGUAAAGAUCUACAACUGCACUGACAUGUAGGGGCAAAUCGUUAAUGAACAGGAUAAAGAACAGCGGUCCAAUAAUACUGCCUUGCGGGACCCCAUGCCUUAACAUCGCCUCACCCUAGUCCUUUCCUCGUACAUGAACCACUUGUUUUCUGCUGCAUAGAUUCGAGCGACACCAAUUGAGCUCCUGGUUGGCAACGCCAUACACCUUUUAUUUUCUCAACAAAAGUUCGUGAUCAACCAUGUCGAACGCCUUUCAAUAAUCCACUAGAACCAUGCCUGACAUUCUGUCUUUGUCUAGGUUAAGCAAUAAUUCACAAUUAUCUUGAUACGAGCAGUCUCGGUACUGUGGUUUCUUUGGAAUCCUGACUGUCUAGAGUAUAUUAGAUUGUUUUCAUUAAGGAAAUCGUACAAUGAGUCAUGAAAGUGACGCUCGAUUAUCUUUGACGAAAAGGGGAGGACAGAUGUGGGGCGAAAAUUACAAGGGUCACACUCCAAUCCAUUCUUAAAUAAAGGUGUGAAUUGGGCAAUUUUCAAGCUCGAUGGGAACUUUCCAAUGGAAAAAGACAGGUUAAUUAAUCUGGCAAUACUUGGUGCAACUGCAGCAGCAGAAGAGCAGCCAUUUCCGUGGCGUCAUCCACGUCGCGCCCGUCAACUCUCAAGCUAGAUCACUCCUUUUAGAUCCAGUUAGGGUUUUUAUUGUCUUCCAAAUUGCUCUGGCGUUAUUCUCAUUGUCCUCAAAUGAAUUGUUAUAAAAUUCACGCUUAGCCGAGCGCAGUACAGAACCGGCUUUGUUUCUCGCAACACGGUGAUUAGCCCAGUCAUCGGCAGAGUCUGAGCGCCUCGCCACCUUAGUAAAUGGUCACGAGUGUGAAGUUGUUCCCAAGCAUGAACAACAUCAUCGAUGUAAUUAUAGACCUCUCUCUCUUUGACCAGUAUUUAAUAAGUUGUUAGAAAAACUCAUCUUCAAUCGGUUAGCAGACUUCUUAGAAAAAAGGCACCUAAUCUAUAACAAGUAGUUUGGUUUCCGCUCACACCAUUCAACUGAUCAUGCACUACUCAGUAUUAUCGACCAGGUGCAAAAAGUUAUUGAAGAUCGUGAUUACUCUUGCGGAAUAUUCCCAGACUUCAGCAAAGCAUUUGAUACUGUUAAUCACAACAUUCUACUUUGAAAGCUUGAAUUCUAUGGUAUCAGAGGUGUUAUUAAAGACUGGUUUAGCUCAUAUCUGAGAAACAGAACGCAAACGGUAUCACUUGGCUUUGUAAAUUCUGAUAUACAAACUGCCUGUUGUGCGGUACCUCAAGGAUCAGGACUUGGACCACUCCUUUUCCUAACUUAUAUAAAUGACUUUCACAAUUGCUCAAAACUACUGGAUUUUCAUCUUUUUGCAGAUAAUGCAAAUUUAUUCUUUAAGCAUAAGGACCUUAACAUUCUUGAAAGUGAAAUUAACAGUGAACUUGCUAAUGUACAUAUUUGGCUAUCUGCGAAUAAGCUCUCACUGAAUAUUCAUAAGUCAAAUUUUGUCAUUUUUCAUCCAGUACAAAAACGAAUUCCCAAAAAGGUUAUACUAUUCAUAAAUAAUCAAUCAUUAACUGAAGAAAAUUGUAUUAAAUACCUUGGAGUUUAUAUAGAUUCAAAUAUUAGUUGGAAGAGCCACAUUAACUAUAUUGUCAAAAAAAAAAACAAAAGAAGUGUGGGUAUUCUCUCUAAGCUUUGCUAUUUCCUGAACUCAAGAACUUUUCUUAGCUUGUAUUAUACGUCAGUAGAGCCAUUCUUCCAUUACUGCGUAAUUGCUUGGGGCAAUGCAUAUCUGUCAACUUUGCAACCCUUAUUACAUUUACAAAAGAAAGCUAUAAGAAUUAUCACCUUCUCCAGUUUCACUGAACACUUAAGUCCUUUAUUUAAAGGCUUGAAUGGUUUAAAGCUGUCUGAUAUCAUUACCCUCCAACUUGCAGUGUUUAUGUAUAAGUUCCAUAACCAACUUUUGCCUUCUGUUUUUGAUACUUUUUUAAAUCCUGUCGGGAACAUACAUUGUUAUAACACUAGGUUGUCCAGCAGGAUGACUUAUGCUAUCCCAAAAGCCAGAACAAAUUAUGGAAUUUUAAACGUAAGGUUUCAGGGUGUUAAAGUUUGGAAUGAUAUAAGUGAUGACAUCAAGCUCCUUCCUCUCAAACGUUUUAAGAAUAAGCUAAAGUCACUUCUUAUUGAUAAAUAUUACUUGCAAAUUUAUCAACAAUAUAUUUUUUUCUGGCUUUCCGUUGCUUGAUACUGGCACACUUAGUUUUCUUUCUUUCUUUUUUCUUUGUGUUAUUUACUAGUUUUUUUUCCCCUUUUGUGUGUGUGUUUUGUGUAGCUGUGUCUCGUGUGUGUACCUGACCCUUAAUAAAAUCAUUUAUUAAUAACCUAAGUAAGGCUGCCCUGUGUUUUUAGCCCUCAAUGAUUAUUAUGGGCAGCCUGUACUCUCUCUAUAUUUAAUAUUUUUGUUUUAGAUAUAUAUAAUGUAAAUCAAUGUGGAGUACAAAUAAAGUUGUUGUUGUUGUUGUCUGUAUUCCAAAAUUGUGGACAUAACAAUUAAUGUAAGCUUAAUACUUUAGACAACACGGAUACAGGAAAAAUUUCCGCUUUCCGUUUUCGUCUUUAUUGACUCUUUAGUUGUCUCUGCUUCACAAGACGCGGGUGGCUAUGCGAUGUCCCGCCAAAAUAACCUCAAGGGCGGUCGGGCGGGCGGGCGUACGGUCACAUGAUUACCAAAAUUUCUCGGUUGCAUAGUUUACCAAAUUUUCUUACCGUUCGUGCUCCGCUGCGCACGCGAGAGCUCCACUAUAAAUCUGUUCCUGGGUUAAACAGAACAGAAUGAAAAAUACCCCUUAACCCUUUAAGUCCCUAUAUCCACAUACCAAUUCUCCAAACUGUUCUCUAUACAUUUCCAUAAAGAAUUAGUUGUCAAUUAUAGAAUAUGAGAGAAGAUCAAAGCAUUUUCUCUAAGGUGAUUAUUUCAUUAAUUCUCACAACCUUUGCUCUCGCUUGUGUGGUGAUAUUGAUAGAAGAGGAUUUAUGUUGGUCACCUUUGGGACUUAAAGGCUUAUUAAUAAGUAAGGUUACCUGAUUUUUAUUUAAAUCCUUUCACAUUUGUAGGCUACAGAGGCAAUCGCUGAUUCACCAUACAAAUCCUUCGCAGCAAAACCGAUGGUCGUGUUUCGAGCUUGCUUACUUGUGGUAGCACCCUCUUUAACCCUUAGUGAGGAUAAAAAUGUUCAGGGCCUAGUUGUUCAAAGCUGGGUUAAGAUAACCCAGGGUUAGUGCAGAUUUGAAUUCGAGUAUGAAAGCUUAAGAGGCAAAUUCAGUUUAAUUGUUCGAGAAAAUGCUUUCGAUGAAAAGAAAAAGAGACUCGGGUUAAAAUUUAACCCAGGGUCAGCGCUAAUCGGCCUUUGAACAACUGGGCCCAGAUCACUAACAAAGCACACCACGUCCAGUACUUAGUCCUAUACAGCGAAUCGACUAUAUUGCCUGAUGAAGGCCAGCAGCAAAUCACCAUCACUUAUUGCAUCGAUUAUCGUCAGAAAAACUGUAAAUUAAUAAAGCCAUCACAUUGUUAUCCAUUUUUUCAGGAUGCAGCAUUAAGUUACGAUUUUAUUGAAAAUGAUCCAGUACCAAUACCAAACGGAAGGCCAUUGACAGGGUAAGUGUCUUCUCUUCCCCUGCCGGGAGGGUGCACUUCCUUUUUUCGGCUAAAAGGGUAUGUGCCGUCGAGUAGGGUGUAGUUAUCGUGGUCUUCAGUAUUAAACUAAAACAAAAUGUAGAAUUUUACUAUUUGGCGUUUUCAACAGGAUGUAUUUUCUGCACCCGAAGCCUUGAACAGAUCAGAGUCUGAACAUCACCAUCAUCAUCGUCAUAAUCGUCAUCAUCGUUAGCGUCAGCAUCCUCAUCGUCAUUGUCAUCAACAUCAACAUCGUCAUCGUCGUUGUUGUCAUCGUUUCGUCCUCGUCUUCGUUGUGGCCCUCGUCCUUGUCUUCCUUGUCGUAUAUCUCCUUGUCCUUCUUGUCAUCCAUCUCCUCGUCUUCGUCCCCGGUUGCCUCCUCCUCGAGCUCCUUGUCGUCCAUCUUCUCGUCUCCUUCCCGCCCUCCUCCUCCUCGUCCUCGACCUUUUUGUAAUAAUAAUGAUAAUGAUAAUGAUAAUGAUAAUGAUAAUGAUAAUGAUAAUGAUAAUGAUAAUAAUAAUAAUAAUAAUAAUAAUAAUAAUAAUUCCCUUAUUUACCCUCGGCAGUAUUUAUAGCACUUAUGCUAGUAGGGUGGAGCAAGUUACCGAAACAAAUAAUUCAAACAUAACAGGGUUAAGAAUCCCAACUGACCGGAGGCAAACCAGCUGGCUAUUUACAAGCAUGGCCGAGGAUUUGAACUCGGGACUACCGUGAACAAAUCCAGCUAGCAGUCAGGGCGGGACUUGAACCCGAGGCCUCCGAAUUGCAAGUCCAGCGCUCUAACAGCUCGGCCACGCUACCUCCAUCGUCCCAGCACAUCUCUUUGGCCUCGUCUCCGGUUGCCUCCUCGUUCUCUUCGCCUUCCUCUUCCUCAUCCUCAGGUCAAGAUUAUUUCUCCAAUAUGCCUAAAGCUGCGGACGUUUUUGAUUUUGUUGUCACCAAGAAAAAUGAGGCUAUCUUUUUUCCCUUCUUAAUCAUCUACGUUAAAUGACAUUGUUUCGGUUUAAACGUAAGACAUUUGAAAAGCAAUGCGGGUGAAUGUGUCUGCAGAAUGUGUUGAAGUUUCUCUAGUGAUAGCGAAGACCUUCUUCGUAAGACUUCAGCUAGAGGUUUCUUGGCAGAAAUCGUCUCGCUCAUUCCUUUGUUCGGACACAAGACAUCGAUCACGAUCAUUCGUGGCGAAUUCAAAAGGCUCACUUUACAACUCUCGGUCGCCUGUUUCACAGCCAUUACAUAAUCAAGACUGGUUGGCGGUGGGCGAUCUACUUGUGAGCUAGUCACAAAUAAUUUUGUAUGAAAGUGAACAUGAACAAAAUAUGAUUCGCUUCAUUUAUUUUUAGGUCUAUUAUUUGCCGAAGCCGAAGGCUGGGGCAAAUGAUUGAUCUGCGAGACAUUGACAAGUUACGAUCAGUUUAGCGAUAACCGAGUUCAAUUUAAAAAAAUCAGAAAGAAAAGAGAGUUGCUUGAUUCUAUAUGAGAAACGAAUUGAAUUAGGGUCAUGAGAGAAAACCUCUUGUCUUAAACAAAUUAGACAGGGUAGUGAACGGUUUACUUUUUUUGUUUGCUUUAAGUAAUACAGGAUAAAGGUUUAAGGGCUUCGCUGGCACAACCUUACCCAAACGUCCCUUGAAUGCACCCCCUCCAGUCUAAUAGCUGUUACUACUGUUACUACGUUUUGCAGGACAAGGGAUACUGCUACCCUAUAGUCUCUAUGGUUCCCGGGGUGCUAAGGUGGAGUCCCAGUUCACAGAACAUUUUAUCUCGGUACCGUUUUAUAUUUCUUGACGCAGAGAUCCAGUGAAAAGAAACAAUGCAGUAUUAAACAUUUAGCCGCGCUCAAAUCUCUGCCUUCAUAAAAGCAACGCCCCGCUAAGGGGAAAAAAGUUCUUUGCUCUUGCUUCGAAAGUUGAAGUCCCUGACCUAGUAAAACUUUACUUUAUCACGGAGGCCUUUACUUUUGGGACAUUUUGACCAUAAACCAUCUUCCACUAGAUCGCCUUUUAAAGGAACAUUUCUUAUGAGUAUAAAAAUAUAUUACCUUUACUUUUCUCAAACAGACAUGGCAACAAAUGCGCAGGAGUUAUAGCUGGUGCAUCUAAUAACAAUUUGUGCGGCGUGGGACUGGCAUACAACGCCAAAAUUGCGGGUAUGAAUCGGUUCACGGCUUAACCAUUUGCAGUGAGCACAUUUUAAUACAAAACUUUGAUACAAAGUAGUUUCGUCGUUCUUUUCAAAUUUCGUAUCCUCCAAGUAAAUUGUUUUGUUAACUUAGGUCUUCGCAUCUACGACAAAGAUAUCAGGUCAACCGAUGCCACAGAGUCAGGGGCUUUUUCUCACAGAACAGACGUGAUUGACAUAUACUCAAACAGCUGGGGACCUGGGGACAUAGGCUGGCAAGUCCAAGGCCCGGGAGUGUUGGCCAGUAAAGCCAUAGAACACGGCAUACAGAAGGUAUCAUUUUAAUACUACGUUUGUCUUCAAACAAUGUUACUUUUAAGUUUCUUGCUUGCGCAAUUUUAUAUUAUUUUCAGCGAUUAUCGACUGUUCACAGAAUUAAAUCAACUGAGCCAUAAAAAGGCGUAGAGCACUACAGUCCAACCUGUAUAUAUUGGUCACCCUCGGGAAAUGGCCAAGUGACCGUUAUAUACAUGUGUACGCUUGUCAGUGAAUAUAAUAUUUGUAUUUGAGUGUGAUUCCUGCCCAGGUAGCGCAAUGUAAUAAGCUUUUGAAUUAUAUUUGCUAUGUUUCGCUAAAACGUCUAUCGUAAUCCGGCAAUAGCCAUUAUAGCUCUUGUCUUAAUUCAAUUUGGCGACCUUCAUAUACAGGUAAAAACAAACUGAAACUGUGCAUUCGGGAAGUCCAAAGGUUGACCGCACCAUUAUAUACAUUUGUACAGGUGACCGCCAUUUCCAGGUCAGUUUUACAGAAAAUAUCAGGCAAAAUUCUCGGGAAAUUCUCCGAUGAACAUAAUAUACAGGGUGGCUGCAAAAGAAAGGACCGUUACAGGGCUGUGCUCUAGCAGAGCCCGGUGGCCCCUGGCGCCUAACUUUUACCCUCGGGCGACUAGAAAAUCUCAGAUUUUUCGUAUAAAUCAUAUGCUGGGCACCCUAGAUUCUACAGUUUCAGAGCACUGGGCUCCCUUCAGUUUUCCUUAGAGCACAGCCUUGGGUUAUAUACAGUUUUGACUGUAUAAGAUUUCCUAGUCUGCAGUCUCAAGAGUUAUCUAACCACAUAAUUUUGAAAUAAAAUAAUAGUACCAAUUUUGAAAGUACUGCUGAAAAGGCCAACUAUUUGAAUGGUCACAGCAUAAACGUUCGUCCGCAGUCUUAAAGAGGCAAUGUAAGGGGGCCAUUGCCAUGGCAAGCCUAGACACACUAAAAGGCAGGCGAGUUGCUGCUUGUCAGAGGUUCAUCAUAAAUGCGCAGCAACAUCCUCCCCUCAUGAAUGUUAUCCCCUCCCCUACGUACCACGAGUGUGAAUACUCCCUUCGUUUCUGCAAUCCGAGACCCGUAAUUGGUCGAAUUAAUAGACUAACUGAUUUUGUUACAGUCAAAUAUCAACAUGUUGUGUAAUUGUGUACGCUUUUGCUGGCCUACCAUGCAAUUCAGUUAAUGCUGCAAUUGGGUAGUGGUCUAUUGAUGCGAAGAGACGAUUGACCUUUUUAAAAAUAUGGCAAAUGGUUUGUGUAAAAGUUAUAACUAUACGUAAUAAUGAAUUUUACGCUGUGAGGAAAGUACUUUUUAAGGAAAUUAAAAUGUGUCUCUUGAAAAACUUGUUCGUGUAUGCAUAGUGUGUUUAACGUGUGUGUCGCUAAAUUGCAGGGUCGUGGAGGACUGGGUGCUAUUUACGUAUUUUCAACAGGCAAUGGUGGCUUUGCUGGAGAUUGUUGCGGCUAUAACGGUUAUGUUAAUAGCAUUUACACUAUUGCAAUCAGUGGGGUGAACAUGGAUGGAUCUCUUCCAGCUUAUGCUGAGGAGUGCGCAGGAAUCAUGGCUACUACGUAUAGCACAAACGGUGUCAAAGGAAAAGUUGUAAGUAGAAACAGCGAGUUUAUUUAAUGUUUUCUGUCAUUUGUGGUAAAAAAGGAACCGCCUCAAACGGUUAAAUCAGCUAAAGCCACCAAGGCGAUGAUAGGUGGCAUCAAGGCCUAUGUAAAUCAAGUCAUAUCACCUCACCGGCAUGGCUUUAGCACUGGAAGAUCGUGUAUAUACAAAUACCUUCCUCGUGAAUACAUUGUCUUACUCAGUUUUAAACAGCUGACACCGUUAUAUGUCAAAGGCCUUCAACAAAAGCCAGGCUAAGAAAUGGCGUUUUAAAGCGGUACACGCUAACCUAAAGAGGACUUUUUCCAAUCAUGGGCAGUGGUUUCGCCCAUAUAUUCGCGCAAAUGCAGUCGUCUCUAUGAGAGUAAAGACACUUAGCAAUACAAAUUUGCACGGUACGGUCAAGGCAUAUUAAAAGGGAAAAUGACUCACCUCCUGUUGAUGUGCCACUCAAAAACUCCUUUGCUUAAGCUCCCUAAAGUCAUCCACGGAAAGCUUAAAACUUGCUCCCAAACAUAUGGUCUCCUCUUCAGUGAAACAGAGUGUAAGUCGCUGCGCCUCACAAGGAGGACAAAGUCCAUAACAUCUGCACGAAACUACCAACUUAUUAAAAUACAUUUUGAACUUUUUAGCCAACGAGCUUGAAUUCAGUUCAGCAUCCAUAACUUCAUUCAAAUCAAUCCUCAAUUCUCACUUCCUUUGAUGGUCCUCGUACGUUUCCGUCUGUCUGCUUAAAUGUAAACGUGUUCGUCCGUUAUCUCGUCCUAUCGUAGUUUGUAGCCACUUUCGUCUGUUUUCAGUGUGGCAAUAUUCUUAGAAUUUAGCAGUCGCUCUUAGUUUAUUUUAUAUGGAUCCGCUACAAUAGACCUUUUUACCGAUACGGCGGCCAUAUUGAAUUAAUUCGAUUUAAGGAGUAUUAUAGGAUGCUCAGGGGGCAUGAGCACAUUUCGUUUGUAUUUUCGAGCGCUUUUUGGGACAUUUUUUCUUAAAGUUUUCUUAGAAUAAGAUUGUAAUGGGAAAAAAGAUCCUUGUACCGUGUUUGGAUGUAAUAAUGAUCGCCUUUUUCUUGUUUAGUAUUAGAAAUAUGGUCUUUCAAUGUAUAUUUCUCGGGAAAAAGGCGAUCAUUAUUACGUCCAAACAGGGCACAAGGAUCUUUUUUCCCAUUACAAUCUUAUUCUAAGAAAACUUUAAGAAAAAAUGUCCCAAAAAGCGCUCGAAAAUACAAACGAAAUGUGCUCAUGCCCCCUGGGCAUCCUAUAAUACUCCUUAAAUCGAAUUAAUUCAAUAUGGCCGCCGUAUCGGUAAAAAGGUCUAUUGAAAUACCUCCAAGAACUGCGUGACAAGUCUACAUUGUUCGAAAAAGACACGAUUAAGGGUUUCCGAACCCGUUUAGCAUAAUGAACAUUAUCAUUUGAUAGAUUACAGAUGAACACAAAAUUUUAUCGGUUGUUGGAUCAGGGAAUGCGCUAUUGGGUACUUUAUUACUUAUUACUUAAUUAUUACUUAAUUAUAUGAUUUAUUACAUUGUACGGGCUAACAUUUCUUAGUUUUUACGCCAGUGUUCAUUUUUUUAUUUGCACAAAUGUCUAUGAUUUUCAAGGUUUCUUUUAGGCUGUAAUUUGCACAAUUUGGGAUCGUCAACUGGUUGAACUUUAUAACUGCCACAAAAACGUUUGGGAAGUACGUGUGGCAGAAUUCACACGAGUUAGGUUUUUCGGCUUUUCUUUUUUACUUACACUGAAAUUUUCGAAUCAAUUCUCUCCCAUUUCUCCUACUGUUAAUAUGUUUGCGGAGUCCGUUUGUGAAUUGCCACUAAUACAAAAAUGUGAGGAAACUGCAUUGCAGAAAAAGUAAAUGAAACAUAGCUUCUGGUUGGGGUGACAAACCUUGUAAUGUCAACUGAUUUUAUCCACAAACCAAGGGGUUAGGACAAAGUUUAUAUUUCUCUGUAAUUCUAGAUUAGGGGACUGAAAUUCAUCCAUCCGUCAAAUGUCUCCCAGCCUUUGGUUAAUUUUUUUUUUUCUGGUCAAAAAAGUGGUCCACUUGUUUUCUUUUCUUGGUUGGCUUAUUCUGUUACACCUUUUUGUUUUUCUAGAUAACUGCUGAUAAAUUACCGGGAUGUGUUGAUAAUUUUGGAGGAACCUCAGCAGCGGCAGCAAUGGCCUCUGGUCUCAUUGCCUUGACACUUGAAGCAAAGUAUGAUCCUUUUUUAAUCCUCUCCCCCGUAACAUCGAACAAAGAAAAAAAUCCGUAAACAUCCUGAAUUUGUUUUUGUAAAAUUCUUAGAGAUAAAUAGUUCUUUGCUAGUUCUGGCUAGUUCUGAAAUAUCGGUAGACAGUUGUCGGUUAUAAGCGCAUAUGGAGCGAUGGGCAAGUUAAAGAACCUUUAAACCAAAGGAGGUCUCCUUUAAAUGCUGAAGCAUGCUAGGACUGUAUUUAUCAAUAUCUGCUUUAGCAAAUUGUGGAUUCCUUUUUUUGUUUGCGAUGAAACGAAAACGGUUCCCCCCCCCCUUUUUUAUUGGUGUUUUCUGAUACUCAUUAAUGGCUUCAAGAAAAAUAUAUUACAAGGGGGAAAACUCUGGAUAGUCAGAUCAGAAGUUGUGUGAUUUAGAUAUGAAUGACGUGAAGCCCCGCAUUUACACAGAGGAGUAAUUUGUAGUCACUUAAGUGGAAAAGUGUAGCCCAGACAAACAAACAGGCUCUAGGUUUUAGUAAGAUAUACGGUGCAAUCCCAAUUUGUUGACUUUCAAGUCCCCCUGUUAUUCGAACCAAAACACUUCAUAAGUGUAAGUGUAGUUUGCGCGUCUCCUUCUGGAAACGGGACAAUCGCGACUUCCCGCUCUGCAGACAGAGCUAAUCCUCUUUCCAGCAGACAUUGUAAUUUAACCACCAAUUUUCCGAGCUCUCGAUUCUCUUGAAAAAUGAAAUGCAUUAUUUUUUAAAGCUGCUUUAGUAACAAAGACAGUUCUAUGAAACAUGCGCCUGGAGGUCAUUGCUCUUGAACCAUGUACGACUUGUUUUUGUAUCCAGUCCUUCAUUAACAUGGCGUGACGUACAGCACGUCAUAGUUAGAAGCGCAAGACCAGCACCAGGAAGGGUUCCACUCGCGAAUGGCUUCUGGGUAAAGAACAAAGCUGGUUUAGCUGUCAGCAAGUUUUAUGGCUUCGGCCUUAUGGAUGCUGAGAAAAUGGUGCAGUUGGCAAAACGGUGGAAUACAGUGCCAGAACAACGAACAUGCGAAGUUAGUGGCACUGACACUAACAGGUAUUUAAUAUUUACGGUGUUUUUGUAGUGGUUCGGGGUACCAGAGUCGACGUGAUUGUCAUCCUUUCAUUAAGGAAUGUGCAGUAAUUAGUGAGUUUCCGCGACAGGACGGCAAGGAAGAAGAGGACGGCAAAACACUUGUGUGAGACAAACUUGACGGAGCUAUUACUUGCGUGUUUUGUCGUGAUCUUCACUUAACACUAAUUUUUUCUGGUCCUUUACAAAAAGGUCUGACUUGUUUAAAUUACAGUGAAGUUUGGCGAAAAGUUGUUUCAAACGAAAUUAUUGUCACGUUUGUCACGCAAGGUUUGCCGUGUUCUUUCCUGUCCCGUCCUGUUGCGUAAGUUCACUAUUAUCAGGGAAAAGAGGUUCUGAAAUGAGUACAAUAGAGAGGAGAGUGACGUCAGUUUACCAUCGUAAUAAAAAUAUCUGGAUCAUAGCAACAGGUAGCUAAAGCAACGGUGACGGCAACGACAACGGGAAAAAAUCAAUAGGUUUAUAUUAGCAAAACAACAACUUUGCAUGUGCAUGAAGCUUUUUUGUACAUUUCUCAGCCGUCCCGUUCCCGUUUUUUUUUUCACGCGCCCGCUUUAUGGAGUAGGUGAACACAAUACAAAAAUUGUCCGUUUCUUUCUCUAAACUUAGAUACGAUCCUUUCGGAUACAACCCCACAAAAUUUGACAAAUUAAAUGAAAUUGAAUAAGAUCAAUGAAGUUUGAAAUAUCCAGAAAUUUGUCAUCCAGGAACUUUGUUACCGUGGCAACAUGAAUUAUACUGUUCUACCUUUGCGAUGACGAUAUGAUUCCAUUCAUAUAUUUCCAUUCAUGUCAUGUCAUUUCCAUUGGAUAUAUUACGAACUCGCAAUGGCCUGCUCUCCGGUUGGCUAGAUUAACUCAAUGGAUAAAGCCUUGCGAUCGGUCAGUCGCAAAGGACAGGGUUCGAUUCCCGGUCAAGCCUAGUCAGGUUCUUUUUCAACUUCUUACUUUCACACUUCCAGCUACGUAGCAGAAUCUUACUUUGGUGGCAAGGCCCAAAUUGAUUUUCACUUGAAAGAGCGGGAACCAGGAAGUCUCCUCGUAGCGACAUUUAUAGCAUGUUGAAGGCUCUUACCCGUCUUUUUUUGCGCUCACUUUCUCGUUGCAUGACGACGCCAAAAACGGCUGUGUAGCAGACUGCCACUGGCUGGAAGCCUGGAACAGACCACGACAGUUACUGCCUAAAAUAGAGUAAUGUAAUCCCUGUUUGUAAUUGUAGGGCCAUCCCGUCUGACGUUUUUUUGACGGUCAAAAGCUGUGAUAUAAAAUUCUUGGAGCAUGUCCAGGUUAAGGUAGAUCUUGAUUUCGCACGCCGAGGAUACCUGUAUCUUGAAUUGCAAGCGCCAAGUGGUAUCAUAUCUCCCCUCACUCGUAGGCGUAACGUAGACAUCGUCUUACGAAGCAGAAACCUGACAAACUGGAAGUUUACCACUUUAUUCAACUGGGGAGAAGAUCCUUCAGGCCGAUGGAAACUCAAAAUUGGAAAUUUAGAUCGAAACGUGCAACAUAACGGUAAGUGUAUAAUUCACGUUUGUGGAAUAUCUUUACUGUGUACCACCAUAACUUCAAGUCUAUUAAUCGAUUCCUUUAGUGUGACCAUUUAA